GCACUCGACUUCAGCUUGAGCAUGUGGCCUCCUGAACGAGACAUUGCGUCAAAAAUGACACGAAAAAUAAUUCAAAUAUCUUCAGUGAAGAUUAAGGUCUUCCCGCGACCCCUGCGUGCAGACAUGGUGACGUCACAUCGAGCACCGCUGCUCGCUCGUCCGUCCUGCGCAAACCCGGAAGUCAACAACGAGCGCCGGAAUUCCGAACAAGCUAGGGCGGCAGCACGUGGCGUAGUGCCUAACGUCCCAUUGGUCGGCUGGGUCUGUGACGCAAGAGGACAACGAAGCCUGUCGCACUUCCCGCGAGGCUCUCGCUCAAACUCGCUUGGCGCGCACGUCGGGUGCGUGCUGCAACGGAAAACGUGGACGACACCUGCAAGCGCGCAAAGCAAGGCUCCAAUGUCCCGAGAAACCCCACAAGAGGGGGACGGGGCCCAGUGCUCGUCGCAGGCCCUGUCCACUCUGUCCCCCUCACAGGCCCAGUCCAAGUCCCAGGGCAGCUCCAGUUCUUCCAGUGGCCCGGCAUCAGGCAGCCAGUCGUCCAGCGGCUCGGGGACGCUGAGCAGCGCCGACACGCUUCCCGUCACCUUGCCGUCUGUCCCCGAGGAGCCCGAAAGUCAACCUUGGGGACGUCUGCUGCCCAUGCAGCCGGGCUUUGGCUCUCACGAUUGCGUAGAAGACGAGUAUUUGUUUGGCCGAGACUCCAAAUGUCAUUAUGUCCUGGACGAUCCCGACCACAGAGGAUCCUUGCGAUUCCGAAUUUACAGCAAGCGACACUUCAGGAUCUACAGGGAGGGCACCGAGGUGUUUGUUCAGGACCUGAGCAACAACGGGACCUUUGUCGACGGGAACAAAAUCGGAAGCAACAAGAUACUUCCUCUGGUCAACAACGCAGUGCUGGCGCUGUCGGAGCAGCGCAAUAAAGUGUUUGUCUUCAUCGACCUGAUGUCUGGCCAAGAGUCCACGUUGCCCAAGGAGCUUCGCGACAAGUAUCUGCUGACCCGUCGCAUCGGGACAGGCGUGUGCGGCGAGGUGAAGCUGGCGUUCCAACGCUCCACCUGUAAAAAGUUUGCCGUCAAAGUCAUCAACAAGAACAACUUCAAGUCCGAAGGAACGGCCGCCAGAAACGCUCAAACGGAGAUCGAAAUCCUGCAGCGCAUCGAUCACCCGUGCCUCAUCAGGACCGAGGACUUCUACCAGACGGACGACACCUUCUUCAUCGUGUUGGAGCUGAUGGAGGGCGGCGAGCUCUUUGGUCGACUCAAAUCUCAGCAGCAACUUAGCGAGGCCACGGCCAAGCUUUACUUCUACCAAAUGUUGAAAGCCGUGCAGUACCUGCACAGCCGGGGCAUCAUCCACCGGGACCUGAAACCGGAGAACAUCCUCCUGUCGUCGCAGGAAGACGACUGCCUCGUCAAGGUGACGGACUUCAACCAGUCACGCAUCCUAGAGGAGGCGGCCCUGAUGCGGACGCUGUGCGGGACGCCGUCCUACCUGGCGCCCGAGGUGCUGACGCACGCCGCCACCGGCGGAUACGGCCUGCCCGUCGACGCCUGGAGCCUCGGCGUCCUCCUGUUUGUCUGCCUGUGCGGGUACCCGCCGUUCCACGAGAGCUUCUCGGACCUGUCGGUGAGCGAGCAGAUCGUGCAAGGCCGCUUCACCAUGGUGCCGUCCAAGUGGCGCCAGGUGUCCGACCAGGGUGAGCUCGUCGUCUUUAUUGUCGUCACCUUCACCGCGGUGGUCUCAUGCGUGUGUGUGUGUGUGUGUGUGUGUGUGUGUGUGUGUGUGUGUGCGCGCGCGGGCGUGACAGCCAAGGACAUGGUUAGGAAGCUUCUGGUGGUGGCGCCCGCCGACAGGAUGACCAUCGACGAGGCGCUCCGGCACGCCUGGCUGCAGGACCCCGUGAUGUUGGAGAAAGCCCACCGGCUGAUGUAUCCAGCUGCCAUGGAGGCGGGGCCAGCGAGGAAACGACAGCGAGAGGACCAGGAUGAGGAUGAGGAGCGUUCUGCCAAACAAGCCCCGCCCACAAAUGUUUUGCAAUAAAGUCUUUGCUCUCGUCCGCUCACUG